UUAGCGCAUCCCAGGAGGACUGUCUUCUCUCACUCAAGCAUCCUGUCCUCUGUUGUGUCAUUUCCAUCAUGAUGACGAUGAUGCCCGGUCUCGUGGCCAUGUACCCGAGCUUGGUGCAUCAUCCCGUGGCCGCGUUUCAUUCCUCCACGCCGCCCACUUUCCAAGCGCACUCGGGGUUUCGGGCUCGCUCCGGCUUUCUGGUGGAGGAUUUGUUGCGCAUCAGCUCUUCUUCUCCUUCUCCUUCUUCUUCCCCUCUUUCCUCCACCAUCAUCACUCCAUCCGAGCCUCCCGUGGUUGGAUUUUCUUCUCCCAAGACUCCGAGCAAAGACCAGACCCACCUCAAAUUCGGUGUUAAUGCCAUCCUGGCACAUACACCUAAAAAACAAUCCGUUCCUCGUCCAGUUCCUGAUGUUCACCCUAAAGCUCUCACCGUCCCAUAUUUCGAUGGAUCCUUCUACCCUUUCCUUCGCUCGUCUUACUUCCCCGGAUCCUCCUCGGUGGUCCCGGUCCCUGGGACAUUCUCAUGGCCGCUGGCCUCCAGGGGGAAGCCAAGGAGAGGGAUGCUGCGCAGGGCCGUGUUCUCUGAUGUGCAGCGUAAAGCUCUGGAGAAAAUGUUCCAGAAACAGAAAUACAUCAGCAAACCGGAUAGGAAAAAACUAGCCACCAAACUGGGCCUUAAAGAUUCUCAGGUGAAGAUCUGGUUUCAGAAUCGGCGAAUGAAGUGGAGGAACUCCAAGGAACGUGAGCUUCUGUCAUCUGGAGGCUGCAGGGAGCAGACGCUGCCCACACGGACCAACCCUCAUCCUGACCUGAGCGACGUGCAGGAUAAACCAUUACGCCACGAGGAGGGGGAGGAGGAGGAUGGAGUGAGGAGUGUACACAUGACACACUCGUACCCUUCACCCAACUCUGAGUGCUCACACUUCACCAUGUCAUCGCCUUCAUGCAAACACUCGGACUCUUCAGACUCGGAGGAUGAGAUCAUGGUUUCAUAAGUGUGUGUGUGUGUGUGAUCUUGUUAUCAGCACACGAGGGGCUCUUGCUGUGUUGCACAGCGGUUUUGAAACUGUACAGUAUUUUGUACAAAUAUUUUUGUAUGGAUAUUUUAUACCAAGAAUGUUGAUUUACCUACAUUUAUAUUUCACAUAGAUAUUUUUUAUUAAAAGCUUGUAGACUUGUGUAUAAUUUAUACGAACGCACGUGUGUCCCGGUGUAUGCAUAUUUGUAUGUUUGUUUUUUGUAAAAAAAUAAAAUAAAAUAAAAUAAAAUAAAAUAAAAAUGUGUCAAUAAAUUGUAAUGUUCA